AUGUUCUCAAAACUUCAUCCACACCACCAACAGCAACAACAUCAACUACAACCUUUUCAAUUCUCUCGGGAAUGUCAAACAUCCGAGGACGAUGACAGCCGGAGUAGCGGUGGGGCCAAUCUUUCGGCCCAGAAGCCCGUCUCCACAGGCGAUGAGGCAACUAUUGAAGUAGUGCGGCGGCCCAGGGGCCGCCCUCCCGGUUCCAAAAACAAGCCCAAGCCGCCUCUUAUUAUUACACGCGAGCCCGAGCCCGCCAUGAGUCCAUUCAUUUUAGAAAUCCCUGGUGGAAACGACGUCGUUGAGGCCCUAGCGCGGUUCAGCCGAAGAAAGAAUACGGGCCUGUGUGUUCUUACCGGUUCCGGAACCGUCGCCAACGUCACUCUCCGCCAACCCGCUGUAGCUCCCGCCGGCACCGUAACCUUCCACGGCCGCUUCGACAUCCUGUCCAUGUCCGCCACCUUCCUCCUCCACGCCUCCUCGUCACCAGCCGCCUCCUCCACCUUUGCCGUCUCGCUGGCGGGACCGCAGGGUCAGAUCGUCGGCGGACACGUCGCUGGAAGGCUGCUCGCUGCUGCGACGGUGUUCGUCAUCGCCGCGUCGUUCAACAAUCCCUCCUUUCACCGGCUAUCUUCGGAGGAGGACGCGCAAAAUAACUCCGCGUCAGGCGGCGGUGGCGGUGACUCGUCGCCGCCUGCCUCCGGUGGCGGUGCGGAGAGCGGACACGUUCCGGCGGAGUCGUGUAUGUAUAGCUGUCACCUCCCUUCGGAUGUGAUUUGGGCUCCGACGGCGAGACCACCUUUCUGA